UUGAGGCUCACACCAACGUGUUCAUGAUUUUCCGGCUUUGUUUCAGUGUUUCUACUGUUGUUCUAUUGUUUGGUUUGUUUGAUAUCUGAUGGAGAAUCCAAACAGAUGGAUUAUUAGGGAGCCAGAGCUCUAGAGGGAAARGUAAAAUGGCCUCUCCUCCUGAUCAAGAUUUGCUAGUGGUGUAAUAGUUACUAUUCUUAUGUUACGCUUCGUGGCUAACUAAACAUAGCUCCAGAGAAAUCUAUACUAAAUAAGCAACAUGAGUCAACUGUCAAGCCAGCUUCAGAAGAUGGUCCAGGAUAUCAAGAAGAAUGAUGGCAGUAUCCUAAACAGGCUGAGAAGAUUUCGAAACAAGUCAUCUCCAAAACUACCUGUAAGAGACUAUCGAGGUAAGACCUAUCAAGAUAAUGACGUGGAGGAAGAACAGUGGUCUGAAGAAGAGUUUGACAGUGACACUUAUGAGGUCCCUCAAGAGGAGAAGGAUGACAGCUAUGAGCCUCCUCCCUGUCAGAGAGUCUUCAAAUCCACUUCGUCUGCCUCCUUUCCCAGGGGGGAAUACAUAGACAGCUGCCGCAGCAGGCCGAACCACUCGCCCAGGAAGCCCAUCUGGCCUCCAAAGACCACCAAACCACCCCCAUCACCAUCACUGCCCCCUAAACCCAACCAGCAGGACUAUGAUGAAGAAGACUACGUCAACCCAGAAAGUGACAACUAUAUAAACCCCACAGAGGAAUCACCUGCUAACCGUCCGAUGCAUGGAAGAGGCAAACCGAUAACGAGCAGUCCUUCAAUGUCCAAGACUGUGCCAGGGUGCUCAAAUAGCUCAGAUGUGUAUGAAGUCCCUGACAUGGAGGAAAACUCUCCUCCCCCACUGAGCAGACCUUCCACACUCCUCAGAGUCCCUACACAGAGUUUGCCCCCUAGAGCCAGCCCAAGAAUGCACAUAAAGAAUUGUCAUCCCAUCCCAAUCCAGGAGCCCAUAGAUGAUGAUGAAUAUGAAGUCUGCAAUCCAGACACAACUGGCAGUACAACGUCUGGGGAAAAGCCACUGCCUGCACUUCCCAAACCAAUACCCAGAGAGAUGAAGCCAUUGAAGCCAUAUUUUAAACCGAGGCCAGAUAUUGCAUCCGGGGGAAAUGAAGGCACAGCACUGGCCACGAGGCACAUUAACCAGAAACUCACGGCCACACCCCAGCCCUAUGAAUACAAGCGUGCCAAGAUUCCUCUGCCACAGAUGUUGACCUCUCACAAAACUGAUAGAGGAACUGUAGCCACAGAUGAAAAUGGGUUAACAGAUGCUGAAGAGGGGACAGAUGUCUUGAAGAAACCCUGGUAUGCCAGCUCCUGUGACCGUAAGACAGCUGAGGAUGCCUUGGUUCGCUCAAAUAAGGAUGGGUCCUUCCUAAUAAGGAAGAGCUCUGGUCAGGACACACAACAGCCAUACACUUUAGUGGUGUUUUACAACAGUAGAGUCUACAACAUCCCAGUGCGCUACAUCCAAGCAUCGCAGCGGUACGCACUUGGAAGGGAGAAGAAAGGAGAGGAGCGUUUCACCAGUGUUUCCCACAUCAUUGAGAACCAUCAGAGGAACCCCCUGGUACUGAUUGACGGCCAGAGUAACACCAAGGACUCUACCAAACUGUGCUAUGCUGUGAAUCCUUAGGCCUCACUAGACCCUAUCUAGUCCUAUGGACCAUCAGGGAUUUAAGGUUCGGACUUGGAGUCACAUUCCAAAUCAGUGCGUCUAGUGUAAGACCUGUGUGCAAGUCAUCAGGCAAUUUGAUGCUGCUCUCAGUCUGAAAUUACUGACCAUCUGUUCAGGGUUUGUGACAAACAGUUGGAUUAGUCUAGUCACAUUCACCAGCCAUGGCUAUCCAAGCAAGACCAGAAUAAAAUUGACUUACUGUAAUGUGCUAGUCUCUCUAGACAGACGGGUUGCUUUUGGCAAUGUACCAAUGCUCCAGCUUAACACGUCUGUACGUAAUAUAACGUCGGUUGGACAUAGAGGAACUACAUCACUGCCUUCUCCACCUGUUGCACACAUCCCCCGGCCACAGAAUAGAAGCUAUCAAGAUGAUGAUCACAGGUUAUUUUUAAUGAGUGCAUUUGGUAAUUGGCUAGUUUACAUCAACUACCUUCACUAAAACCACUGCAAAGGUUUUACCUGCAAACUUUGUAUCGUGAUUUGAUGGGCGAGGUGCCUGUCUGAAGAGGACCCUCCUGGAACAAUUUUUCCCUCUUUUCGGAAUGUACUAAGUCAGUCCGUCAUGAUUACCAGACCCUAGUCACUGUUGUGGCCUAGGGUCGUGUUUCCGAGACUGGUACUGUGCCAAUUCAGUAAAAUAGUUKAUGUGUGUACAUUUUCAAA